AGCAUUCAGUGAGCGCACACUGGAAACUAGCUGAGGAGUAGGAAUGAUCCGAGCGUUCUGAUCUCAACGGCAGUCAAAUACACAAGCUAAUUGCCCAAUUUCUGGAACCGUGACGUCAAAGGAAAAAAAUUCGACAGUUGACACUGCUGACUUUCACUCUUUCCACGUUUGCCGUCCAUCGCGGAUUCACGGCAAACUUUGAUCUCCUGCUUACAUUCAUUAUAAUUUCUUCAGAAAAUGGAAAACUAUAGAACACACAUUGUCAUGUGGACUGUCCUGUGGUUAGUAGCAGUCUUCCUGUGUGCCUCAGCCCAUUUGGAGCCGCUCCAAGCUAUUGUGGGACAAAACGUCCUCCUGCAAUGCCCCUGCAAGAAGAGAAACGAGAGAAUGGACAUUAAAUGGCAGUUAGAAGACCAUACCACCGUGCUUCACCACAGUGGAAGACAUAACAUCACAAGCAUCGGGGAGGGAUAUCAAAACAGGGUCAGUCUCUUUCAGAAUGAAGAUAAGGACAACUGUUCCCUGCUCCUCUCAGGCAUCACUGUCGCAGACAAUGGGAUGUACAAAUGCUUCUUUCAAACCGAGACUUUGGUCUACAUUCACAUCACUCUGCAUGUGAUUGCCAACUACAGUGUCUGUAUGUACCAGGUACUAGACCAGGCUUCGGAGGGAUCCGGAUGGGGAGAGGGGUUCGUGGUGUACCAGUGUAAAGCCAACGGUGGAUUCCCAAAGGGCCAGAUUCACUGGAAGAUGGGUGGACAUCCUCUUGUGAACACCUCCAGGAGGGAUGAGACCCACCUGGAUAACUCUACAGGACUCUACAGUCUGACCAGCAACCUGACCAUGGAUCAGAGUCAGGGUGAAAAACUGCAGUGUAUGGUGGAGAACACAGACCAGGCUUCUAAACUCAACUCCACCUGCAAGGAAAAGCCUGUGCACAUUAGAGAGAGUCUAUUUGAGAGUCCUGGUAAAGUAGCAGUAGCAGCAGGUGUGUCUGUCAGCAUGGUUGUGAUGCUGGUUGCGGGAGUCCUGCUGGUGAUCUUCUUACUGGCUAGAUGUCACCGGCGUGAAACGUCAACGAAGCAGAGAGACACGGAGGAAAGAAGCGUGACCCAGCAGUUGAACAUGUAUGAACACUGAGUGUGUGGAGCAUCUUCUCCCUCUGAUACAACAAUCUCUCCUCAACUGACGGAUGACAAAAUGGAGGGAUGGUGACUUGCAACAAGACAAACUUAAACUUAAAAUAAUGCCUGUGUUCAAAGUAGCAAUGUGGAGCAGCAUUGAGCAAUGUAUUGUACUGUCAUGUCUGAACUAUAUUCUGUGGCCGUUAUGAAACGAGGCAGGAAGUGAAAGAAGUGGAGAACAGCAUGAUGGGUGAAAUGACUGGUCAAUGGACUGAACAUGAGCUGAACUCAGUAAAUGAAGUCCAGAGAAAUCCCAAGAAAUAAAGUAGACCUAAGGCAGCCUGUAUAUUGCAAUUAUAGAGUUUACUAACUACAGGUGCAUUCACAUUUCUAAGAAGAGAAGCAGAUGAUACAGGACUACUAUAAUUAACAGCCAUCAUGGAAACUCUUGUUACAUACAUCUACCGCAUGUUCCUGCUGUAACCCAUUUGAAUCAUGUUGAUAAAUCAGGUUGAUAAUUCAUGUUGAUAAUUCGUUUUCAUGUACAGCAGUCAUUUCACCAUUUAAAUGUGAAUGUAAUUUUCUGAAUAUGUGAAGAAUUUGACAUGAUCAAUGUUUUCAUUGCUGCUUAUUAUUAUUAUGUAGCUUGCUGUGAAACAAGCAUGCCAUGGAAUGACUAAAUCAAAAGAUUAGUAACACUUUGGUCCAGGGUCCGUUUUGUUGUAUUAUUAACCAUAUUGGUUAAGCUUACAACACAGGAAGAGCUGAUCGGAAAUCAGGGAAAUAAAAUGAUUUUUUAUAGGUCUUGUCCCGAGGGACUAGAGGGACCAGUACAAGUUUCACAUCUGUGUUCAUAUUUAUUUUGUGAGAAGACAAAAAAAAAACUACAGACAUUAUACAAAUACACAUAUAUACUAUAUCCUCCCACCCCUUUCCACCCACAUGACCUGCUUAUUUGAGUACAAAUAUCAAAGUAGUGUUUGAUAUUUGUUGAUACUUGGUUGCAUGGGUGUUAGGUACAGUGUAGUUAGUCAUCAUUAAGCAGUAAGAGAUUGGCAAUACAAGGGAUUGGUUUAGAUAAAAUGCUUGAUAGUGAUGAAGCCACAGAUUGCCAAAAGGAGAACAUCUGUUUUAAUACUUUUAUACCACUUGUAUUUUAUGCUGUAAGUGACAAUACUGGCUGUUUUUCUGUGUGUGAAAGUAUUGUUUAGUCGUUUUUAUGUGUUUGUAGUGUUGGAAAGCAGCUGAAAUUCUCUGCCCUCUUCCCUCUUGGUGUUUCUUUUUCAAAUAAACUGUAUGUACUGUGAAUAUGAAAUGAGAUAUUAAAUGCCAUAAUAAACCCUAUAUUAAAGCACAGCAUUGAUUGUCACUGCUACGCAGAUGAUACACAACCUCACAUUUCUGUGUCACCAGAGGACUCUAGCUCCACGGAUACAUUAUUAGACUGUUUUAGUGAGUUAAAUACUUGGAUGGCUCACAACUUCCUCCAGCUAAAUCAAGACAAGACCGAGGUACUUAUUGUUGGAGCCAGAGCACAGCGAGAGAAUCUAGCAGCAUAUUUUAAUUCACAGGCAAUAAAGAUAAAACACCAGGUAAAAAACCUAAGUGUUAUUUUUACAUUCUGAAGUAAAUUUUGAAUCACACAUUAGGAAUGCGACCAAAAUAGUUUUUUACCACCUGAGGAACAUUUCGAAGGUGUGGACGUUUCUCUCAGGCUGAUACAGAGAGACUCAUCCAUGCUUUAAUUACAUUCAGGUUUGACUACUGUAAUGCUCUCCUGUCUGGUCUACCAAAGAAAGCCAUUGGUCAACUGCAGAACAUACAGAAUGCUGCAGCAUGGGUACUGACCAAGACCAAGACGGAGAGCAAACAUUACACCGGUUUUAAGGUCUCUACUGGCUGCCUGUGAGUUCUGUAAAGCACAUUGCGUUGCAGUCCAUGUCUGAAAUGUUCUGUAUAAAAAAAGCUUGAUUUGAUUAAAUGUCAAAAUAAACGCAAUAUCAAAUGCUA